AUGCUUACGUUGUAUGCCAUGUAUUUACUGAGUAUUGCAAUUUGUAGAAAAUGCAUAAGGUGUCUCCGACUCGUUGCAAGUUUAUCUCAGCAAUUAUCUAUAACAUCACAUCAAUCUAUGAUAGGAACGUUAAAGUUUUAUCCAGAAUACGAAAUAUCUAGGAGUCACGGAAAAGGACCCAUUGAUUGGGCAAUUAAAGUAGAAGACAUCAUAAUUACUAUUACUGAAGCAAAACGAGAAGACAUAGAUCAGGACAUUGCACAAAAUGCUAUUCAACUUAAGUUAUCCUUGCAGCGCAACUACAAAAAACGAAAUAUGACGAGGCCAUCUAUGAAGAAUUUGACCAUCGCAUCUGAUGAGUUGGGCCUACUUUGCAUGGUAAAUUACCUUCAAAGGUACCUUAAUGAUAAACAACUCGAUUGGAUUAAACAAAAUUUGGUUAAAGAUUUCAUUCCACAUAUACCUUCGGAUGAAUAUUUUACUAAAGUUCGUCCAUUAAAACAAAUAUCAAAACAAUCGACGGUUGAUCAGUUAGAAAAGUUUUAUUUAAUGAGAAAUCUUGCCCUACCCUCUAACGAAAAACCCGAUGUAGAAAUGGGCAUAGAUCGAAAAAUCAUUGCCUCACAAUGUAACGAUAAAGGACCAAACGUUAAUCUUGUAGAGAAGGGAUCGAUGACAUCCUUAGCAGGAUUAUGCUGUUAUUGUGACGUUAUGGUAUUGUAUUGGUCGGAUCUACGUACAACAUCAUCUCCUUCACAAGAGGGAGCGUAUAAACCUUAUGAAAGAAGACUAGACUACUUGGAGACCAAAGUCGCCCUAUCCGAAGACAUGGGGACCAAGUCAGCCUAUAGACAUCGUCUACUUCACGAGAACACUGAGGAACUGAUAGAUGCAAAGAAAGGAAGAAAGACGGAAGUGGAUGAAAGAUUUUCUAGUAAUCUAGCAAUAAUAUUGGCAAGAUAUCAAGAAGUGGUAGCAAUAAGAUUGAAACUUUUUACCGAUAAAAUCGUAUCUAAAGAUGCUCCCAUAACGUUGGAUACGGCAUUUGAAAGAAGUGAUGUGGGGGAUUUAUUCGAAACUGUAAUGAAAUACUGUUCUACUAAAUUUGCUAAAAUUAAGGAUGUAAAUGAAGUACGUGGAUAUAGAAUGUCUGGGAUUUGUAGCAGGUAUUAUAAAACAGUCAAAGAUCAUCCCACAAUUUCUAAGACAUCUCAAAAAGAGGCUCGUCAACCCAUUUUUUCAUGGGUGAAUAUUAUUCAAAAGUUUGUUCAUGUUGUUCAUGUUACCAGAGAGUAUGAAAAAUUCAAGAAAAGGUGUUUGGAUGAUCAUGUUACAUUUGAAAAAUUAAAAUUAAUGGUACAGAUGGUUACGACAAUCCGCAUUUGGACAACGAAAAAUUUGAACAAAGAUUAUAUUUACAUGCAGAAAUGA